AUCGCCCCACCACCAAAUCGCCGCCACCCCACCCCCCAACACACACACACACACCCCAACGCGCGAUCCCCCCUCACUCUAGCUAAGCUCUGGAUCGGCUCGCCCCCGCCGCGGCCGCUGCCCUCAUGGCGUCGUACCGCCCCGAGCAUGCGAAUCCGGCCGCCCGCCGCCCGCGGCCCGUCGUGCUCCUCAUGCUCGCCUUCUUCGCCCUCCAGCUCCUCAUCUUUCUCUCCUUCCGCGCCGUGCGGCCCCCUCCCGCCCCGGCCUCCUCCGCUCCCGCCGCCGACACCGCGGCCGCCGUGCCGGUGCUGGCGUCGGCACCCGCGCGCCGGGACGGGAAUGGUUCGAGCUGCGGCGGCGGGCUGGUGUACGUCUACGACCUCCCCGCGGCCUUCAACGAGGACCUCCUGCGGAUGUGCGACAAGCUCGCGCCGAUGUACUCGCUGUGCCCCUACCUCGCCAACGACGGGCUCGGGCUCCCCGCGGGGGGUACCAACCUGUCGUCGCUCCUGCCGCGGGAGCUGCUCGGGUCGUGGUACGCGUCCGACCAGUUCGCGCUGGAGCACAUCGUCCGCCGCCGCCUGCUGUCGCACCGGUGCCGCACGGCGGACCCGGCGCGCGCCGCGGCCUUCUUCGUGCCCUUCUACGCCGGGCUCGCCGUGGGGCGCCACCUGUGGGCGCCCAACGCCACGGGCGCCGACAGGGACAGGGACUGCGCCGCGCUGCUCUCGUGGCUCCACGCGCAGCCGUGGUACCGCCGCUCCCGCGGCUGGGACCACUUCAUCGCGCUGGGCCGCAUCACGUGGGACUUCCGCCGCACGUCGGACGACGCCUGGGGCGGCAGCUUCCUCACCAUGCCCGGGGUGGCCAACAUCACCCGCCUCGUCAUCGAGCGCGACCCCUGGGACGACAUGGACGUCGGCGUCCCGUACCCGACCGGGUUCCACCCGCGCGCCGCCGCCGACGUGCGCGCGUGGCAGCGGCACGUCGCGCGGCGCCCGCGGCCCAUGCUCUUCGCCUUCGCCGGCGCGCCGCGGUCGGCCAUCAGGGGCGACUUCCGCGCGCUGCUGCUGGGGGAGUGCCAGGCGGCCGGCGCCGCCGCGUGCGGCGCGCUGGACUGCGCCGAGGGCAGGUGCAUCAGGAACAACGCGCUCGUCAUGGAGCUCUUCAUGGGCGCCAGGUUCUGCCUGCAGCCGCGCGGGGACAGCUUCACGCGCCGCUCCCUGUUCGACUGCAUGGUGGCCGGCGCCGUCCCCGUGCUGUUCUGGCGGCGGAGCGCGUACCGGCAGUACGGGUGGUACCUGCCCGUGGGCGACGGGCGCGAGGCGGAGUGGUCCGUGUUCAUCGACCGCGAGAAGCUCCGCGCGGGGAACCUCACGGUGCGCGGCGUGCUGGCGGCCAUCCCGGAGCCGCGGGUGCGGCUGAUGCGGGAGCGCGUGGUGGAGAUGAUCCCGAGGCUGGUGUACGCCGCGGCCGACGGGGGUGAGGGGCUCGGCGGCGGCAUGGAGGACGCCGUGGACGUCAUGGUCGACGGCAUGCUGCGGCGGGUCGCCGAGCAGCGCCCGAGAUGGCGGCCGACGUGAUCUCAGCUGCCGCAGUGGGACCAAACUGAUCAUACGUUUCACAGUUCUUUCGUUUUCCAUUCUGAAUUCUUUCGUGUGAAGAAUUUUGCUCGCGCGAAAAAAGAUUACCGCGCGUAGCCUCGAAGAAGUUGUGCUAAAGUGGCUCUAGCUGUAAAUUUACACGCGUUACAACAGAAUCAGAUAGAGUAAAAAUUCGUGUACAAUGAGUCGGUGAGUUGCAUGCGUUUGACCUGCUGCUGUGCUGCAUAUGGGGAGCACCGUAAAUGUUGAAGUUUGCGAGCAGUUGACGGGCUGCGCCAGAUUAGAUUCUUGUACUAGUAGCAAAUUUGACCCGGGAAUGUAUAGU